AAUAUCUCCUUACUUGCGCUCUCUGUUUCUUGUGACGUUCAGCAUAACGACCAAGCAUUUCAUCUUCUCUAGAUAUUGCAGUUUUUUUUAUUCUUUUUUGCAUUAUGGAUUCACGAAUAGAACAUCCUCAAGGCACCAUGCACGCCGAUGACUCCCAAAAUGCCGGCCUGCUUCCCCUGGCGGAAGGUCGUGAAGAUGAGCAGUCCAAUGAGAAGACGUCGGUGUUGACGAAGGUAAAGGCAAAGGCGAAGAAAAUAAAGGAUACGCUCAAGAAGUAUGGCCAUGGUCACGACCAUGAUGAUGAACAUCAUCCUGACGAGCGCUAUAUUCCUGAUGAUCAUGAUCUAGAUGAGGAAAAGAAAAUGGUUGAGGAUCCCGAAGUUCAUGCCGGAACAGAAUCUAAGUUUGUUCCUGUUAGGAGUGCUUUCCCUGUAGAGACUGAGAAUGCAGGGAAAUCCAAGCUCGAUUUUGGGAGGUCAGCAGCCACGAGGGAAGACGCUCCAUCCCCAGGAGAGAGACACGAGAGCAAAAUAAUCAAGCCAAUUAAGGGCAUUGAGCCAAAUACAGGUCAACCCAUGUUCAAAUUUGGAAACCCAAUGGUCAGUGGGGAAAAUCCUCACGCGCCGCAAAAUACACCUAUAUCACCUCCACUUGGAGAUUAUGGGACUAAAGCCACUGACCCAACUAAAACCCUUCUUCCCGGCGAAGAAGGUACGGGACAACCUAAAGUCAAUUUGGAAAGACCAAUGGGCUUGGAGGAGGAUCCUCACAUGUCUAAGGAUAGAUCUGAACCCCACACUCCUUCAAUUUAUCAGACCAAAGUCAUUGAUUCCACGGGUACAGGUGGUGAAGAGGUAGGAAUUGCCCCAAAUUUUCAGUCAUUUGACAAAAUGAAAGUACAUGAUGAAUCGAAGCCAAAACAAACUAAAACCCUUCUUCCAGAUGAAGAAGGCACUAGACAACCUAAAGUCAAUUUGGAAAGACCAACGAGCUUGGAGGAGGAUCCUCCCGAGCCUAAGGAUAGUUCUAAACCCCACAAUCCUGCAAUUUAUCAGACCAAAGUCACUGAUCCCACGGGCACAGGCGGUGAAGAGGCAAGAAUCGCCCCAAUUCUUCAGUCGUUUGACAAAAUGAAAAUACAUGAUGAACCGAAGCCAAAACCAACUAAAACCUUUGUUCCUGGCGAAGAAGGUAUUGGACAACCUAAAGUCAAUUUGGAAAGACCAAUGAGCUUGGAGGAGGAUCCUCCCGAGCCUAAGGAUAGAUCUGAACCCCACAAUCCUGAAAUUUAUCAGACACCAGUAACUGAUCCCACGGGCACAGGCGGUGAAGAGGCAGGAAUCGCCCCAAUUCUUCAAUCGUUUGACAAAAUGAAAAUACAUGAUGAACCGAAGCCGAAACCAACUAAAACUUUUGUUCCUGGCGAAGAAGGUACUGAACAACCUAAAGUCAAUUUGGAAAGACCGAUGGGCAUGGAAGAGGAUUCUCCCGCGCCUAAGGAUAGAUCAGAACCCCACACACCUGCAAUUUAUCAAAAAAAAGUCAUGGAUCCCUUGGGCACAGGAGGUGAGGAGGCAGGAAUCGCCCCAAUUCUUCAAUCGUUUGACAAAAUGAAAGUACAUGAUGAACCGAAGCCAAAACCAACUAAAGCCUUUGUUCCUAGCGAAGAAGGUACGGGAAAACCUAAAGUCAAUUUGGAAAAACCGAUGGGCUUAGAAGAGGAUCCUCGCUCGCGUAAGGACAUAUCUGAACUCCACACGCAUGCAAUUUAUCAGACAAAAGUCACUGAUCCCACGGGCACAGGUAGUGAGGAGGCAGGAAUCGCCCCAAUUCCUCAAUCGUUUGACAAAAUGGAAGUACAUGAUGAAUUGAAGCCAAAACCAACUGGAGCAGAUGAUAACUCACCUACUUCAAUAAGAAAGCAGUUUCCCAAAUCACCUACCGGGAGACAUGACCAGUUCUCUCCAGAGCCAGUUCCUUCGGAGGCCAAAAUUGUCCGAGAUAAAUCUAAACACUCAGAAAGCUUUGAUGCCACCAAACUGCCGGAUGACACUCAUGAUAUAUCUGAGGAGCCAAUGAACGAGAAGAGUUCCACUGAGAAAACCUCAUAUGCCACAUCUGCCAUUGCUGACAAAGCAAUCUCUGUGAAGAAUGCUGUUGCUUCAAAGCUAGGAUAUGGAGAGAAGGAUAUGACAUCCGAGACUGAAGUCCGCCAGAGAUUGGAUACGAACGAAAAGCCAGAGAAAGGAGAGAUGCAGCCUACGGGCAAGGGGACCGAAGCGGAGGUGGCAAGGCAGUUGGGCACUAAGGAAGACAAUUAUAACCAAGGAAUGCAAUCGAGCGAUGUAAAUAAUAGCCCCGGGAAGGGUAUGGUGAAUACGCUUAAAGGUGCUGUUGGUUCAUGGUUUGGACUAGGGGGAGAGUCUCAGCCCCAAGUUUCUGCACAACCCCAUGGUUCCUCGUAUGGCAAUGAGGGUAUUUCCCCUUCUGCCAAUGAAGAUGGAGGAAACAGUAGCCGCACAACAGAUGAGGGAAGAAGACUUCAAGAGAAGUGAGAAAGAGUUAAAUUGUUUUUCAAGUCUCUUUUAGAUUCAAAUGCGUGGUUUGAUAUUGUGUGAAUAAAACAGUAAGCAUGACACUUUCAGCUGCUGGUGUGUGUAAUAUGGAGUACUUCAGUUCAUGGAAGAUGCAAUAAAUUGGUCAUUUUAUA